UCUCGUGCUCUGGUGAUGCGUAUAAAUUCACACGCUCGCGCGUGACGGCGACAACAUGCAACACAGCCCCACCAGCAUGGAGGAGAAUAUCAUCCGUGCGGCGACCCCACCCUGUCUCAACAGCGACUCACAGGACAUGUGCCUCACCCCUAGCGAUUCGGGGGUCAGCGGGGGAGGAGGAGUAGGAUCAGCAGAUCGCAAAGAUUCAGUGUCACUAACAGACAAUAACAACAGCAACACCACAAACAACAACAACAACAGCUCGACCUCGUCUGAUAACAAGUCACCGUCAGCAUCUUCGACGACGUCAAAUUCAGAACUUCUGUCCGGGAAAAAUUUGACAUUCUCUUCUGAACAGGUGGCCUGUGUCUGCGAGGCCCUGCAGCAGAAGGGUGACAUCGAAAGACUUGCUAGGUUUCUGUGGUCUUUGCCACCCAGUGAACUCCUACGAGGAAGCGAGGCGGUGCUCAAGGCGAGGGCCACUGUCGAGUUUCACAGGGGUGGCUACAGACAACUUUAUUCCAUUCUGGAAAGUCAUACAUUCGACAGUUCAAAUCACACGUUUCUCCAGCAGUUGUGGUGCAAAGCACAUUAUAUGGAAGCUCAGAAAAUUCGGGGGCGACCGCUUGGCGCCGUCGAUAAGUACAGACUUCGUAGGAAGUUUCCUUUUCCCAAGACAAUCUGGGAUGGAGAGGAAACAGUGUACUGUUUUAAGGAAAAAUCGAGGCAGGCUUUGAAAGAGUGUUAUACGCAAAACAGGUACCCUACCCCCGACGAAAAGCGUAAUUUGGCCAAGAAAACUGGUCUGACUUUAACGCAAGUGAGCAACUGGUUCAAAAACCGCCGUCAGAGAGAUCGAACCCCGCAUUCUCAGCCUCACAACGGGCAGUUUCCUUUAUAUUGCAGUCGAGACAUGGUCGAAGAGAACAUGAAGCAAGCGAUGCAGCAGAUGUGUAACAUGAACCAACCAAUGAUGCCUCACGAUUAUGGUCACGGGGACUUCAAUCUCGGAAUGCCAUUGGUCAAGCCGGAACCAAUCCCCACUCACUACCUGUGUUCUCCGCCAAUGGAGCAUCACCACCACCAUCUUCACCACCACUCCGUGCCACCGGUCUGACAGUGGGCGGGCGCCGAGAUGGAGGAGCCAUCUUGGUGAUGGAAGAUGCUCGUCGUGUGUUUUAAUACCAAAAUGAACAUUAUGUAACCCCUGUCGUAAAAUCCAGGCUUCUGACGUCAUCACUUUAUGUGUAUAGCCUGGGGUCCAUCUCGUUUGUACUGUCAACGAUGUGACCCAUUGUUGUCCGACAACCUCGAAUAUUAUUUAUAAACAGCUACACUGCGUUCAGCGACAGCGUGCGCCGCUAACGUUCGCCAACUAGCAGACUGGUUCCUGAUGCGGUUAUUUGGUUUAACGUAAAGCGCAUAAACCAGUAGAGCGAACGUUUUUUUUUGUGCUUGGUCUGGUUGAACGAAUUCCUGGUAUUCAUGACUAACUAUCCUGCGUUCAUUUGAACGAAAUGCUCGCUAGCCGUGUUUUGGCGACUAACGUUAAUUUAAUAUGUAAUCUGGUUGAAACCAGUGACGUCUUUAAUGGUUUUUCGUGACAAACUUUUCUUUAAUGAACAUUCCUAGACUUAUAAAACUUUAGAAUCUCAGAUGUCACAGACAUCCAAUUUACAUGGCGUUGCCAUCACGCUAUACUAUCAAACUAAAUUACAAUACUCUAGGGGCCGAAUUUACGAAGCCUGUUUUUUACUUCUUAAACGCGGGUGUUUAAGCAUUGUUUUAAAAUGUAUGUACAGAUAUACGCAUGUAAAACAAAAACUGGCCUUGUAAAUUCGAUUCUAAAAGUUUUAUAAGCACAGGGCCAGGUGUUCAUUCAUAAGACGACCUACUGUAAAUGGAAUCACUCUGACGACUAGUGUUACUUCAGUUUGAUAAAAUGUCAGAUUUAAAACACCCCACAUGCUCGUUGUUUAGUGCUAAUUUGGAUCAAAAAUAGUAUUUAUGGUACCUUUAGUGGUACACAGUCCUUUUAUGUUAUUUUGUUUUCAUAUUUAUUAAAAUUAUUUUGACAAAAGUUUAUCAUUAAAGUGCGCCAUGGUCAUUGCUGAAUAAAAUAAGUACUGUUCAUUCAAGUUUAAACGUUUAUCGCAUACUGAUUGUUUGCUUCUAAAACAAAACACAGUAAUAGGUCCUUCGAUACACAGUGGCUCUGAAAAAUUAUCAUACAGACGAUCAUUUUACUAAAUGGAAUUUAAUUUCAAAACUGACAUUCAUAUCACAAAGUGACAUAAUGUUUUCAACUUGACAUUCAUUUCACUAACUGGAAUUCAAUAACUGGAACUGUGACUUGUUAACCAAGCAAUUGGGUGUAUAAGGGAGACACUAAAAUAACAGCCAAUAAAACGUUGACGCUUUGUUGACGUCAUCAGGGAACAAAGCACUGAACUUUUCACCAACGAUAUUACAGAUAAUCCGAGUUAUAUACAGGCUUACAAAUCAAAACUUUAUUUACGUGUUUAUACCCACUGAAGGUUCAAGCACGUCUGUUCCGACCACCAGAUCCGACAUAUGUCGCAACAUAUGUCAGUUGUAUCGAUAGGCACUUGUAUACAGGCUUAGGUCGUAUUCGUUUAUUAUCAGAGAUGUAACGAUUCAAUAGCCAGGGGCGUAGCGUGUUCUGGACCUGGGGGGGGGGGGGGGUGUUCGAAUAUGAACCAAGUUGACCCUUUUUCCAUUUUGUUUUUGCACUACCAGAAACUCCAUAUGUAUAAACCUGUAUGGGACCAUUUACUUCAGCUGGGGGUUCGUCCCAACCCCCCCCCCCCCCCCCCUACGCCCCUGAUAGAGCGAUGAUACGUUAAAUGUUACGAUGUCCACGUCACGAUAUGAUAAAUAUCGGAAUUAAAAAAAAAAAUCGGAACUAAAAUAAUGUUGUAUUGUUGGUCUAACAUUGACAACAAAUUUAUACUCUUUAUAUUCAAUUUUGAAGACGCAUCAAUUGCUUUGAAUGGUGAAUGUUUAAAACGUCAUGUUUAGUUUGGAAAUAAAAAAAAUAUCCUUCUUUACACUUUUCUUGUAAUACUAAUAGACGGAACUUGAAAAAAGCGCCAUACAGACUAUUUAUAAUUAGCAGACUACCCUGGGGUUAAUGCUAUUGUUAUAUAUAAAAUUUAUUUGAAUUUUUUUUCAAGUAUCGAUACCAUGGCGCAUGUAUCGAAAAUCGAAAUAUCGUGACAUGUCGAGAUAUCGAUUAAUCGUUACAUCCUAUUAUUUAAACACAGGCCGCUCGUUUACAGUCAGGUGUAGCUGUUGUUGCAAAAACUGAAUGUCGCGCACAAUAUCAGUGUCUCGUUCUUGGUAAAGUAAAAACGAAAUUACUUUUGUGUCGUGUGCUGUUUUUGUCUUUAAACGUUGUGCAAUCUUGUUGAAAAUAAAUGCAUUUGUGAUAACCAGG